AUGGCGUGCCUGCACGAGACCCGGACGCCGUCUCCGUCGCUGGCGCUGGGCUCGGACGGGACCCCCGAGCAGGAGCUGACCCCAACACAGUGUGCGCUGCGGGAGGGGCUGCCCCCCGGCCCCCCCCCCGGGCCCCCCCCCCCGGACCCCCCCCGGGCCGUGCCCACCGCACACCUGCGGUGCCAGGCGGGGGGGGGGGGGCUCCUGGAGGGGCUGUUCGGGUGCCUCAGACCCGUGUGGAGCAUGAUCGGGAAGGCAGCGAGUGCAGAGAGCAAACACCCGCAGGAGGACCCCUGGGAGGUGCCAUUCGAGGAGAUCCUGGACCUGCAGUGGGUGGGCAGUGGGGCACAGGGUGCUGUGUUCCUGGGCCGCUUCCAUGGCGAGGAGGUGGCUGUGAAGAAGGUUCGGGACCUGAAGGAGACGGACAUCAAACACCUGCGCAAGCUGAAGCAUCCCAACAUCAUCACCUUCAAGGGGGUGUGCACCCAGGCACCCUGCUACUGCAUCAUCAUGGAGUUCUGCGCCCAGGGGCAGCUGUACGAGGUGCUGCGCGCCGGGCGCAAGGUCACCCCCUCCCUGCUGGUGGACUGGUCCAUGGGCAUCGCCGGCGGCAUGAACUACCUGCACCUGCACAAGAUCAUCCACCGCGACCUCAAGUCACCCAACAUGCUCAUCACCUACGAUGACGUGGUGAAGAUCUCAGACUUCGGCACCUCCAAGGAGCUCAUUGACAAGAGCACCAAGAUGUCCUUUGCCGGCACCGUGGCCUGGAUGGCGCCUGAGGUCAUCCGCAACGAACCCGUGUCCGAGAAGGUCGACAUCUGGUCCUUUGGGGUGGUGCUAUGGGAGCUGCUCACCGGGGAGAUCCCCUACAAGGACGUGGACUCCUCGGCCAUCAUCUGGGGUGUGGGCAGCAACAGCCUCCACCUGCCUGUGCCCAGCGGCUGCCCCGACGGCUUCAAGGUGCUGCUGCGGCAGUGCUGGAACAGCAAGCCCAGGAACCGACCCUCGUUCCGGCAGAUCCUGCUGCACUUGGACAUUGCCUCUGCCGACGUCCUGUCCACACCGCAGGAGACCUACUUCAAAUCACAGGCCGAGUGGCGCGAGGAGGUGAAGCUGCACUUCGAGAAGAUCAAGUCGGAGGGGACUUGUCUGCACCGGCUGGAGGAGGAGCUGAUCAACCGGCGGCGAGAGGAGCUCCGGCACGCACUGGACAUCCGGGAGCACUACGAGCGCAAGCUGGAGCGCGCCAACAACCUGUACAUGGAGCUGAGCGCGCUCAUGCUGCAGCUGGAGCUCAAGGAGAAGGAGCUGCUCAGGCGGGAGCAGGCGCUGGAGAAGCGGUACCCAGGGCUGUUCAAGCCGCGCGCGCCGCGGGGGCUCCUGCAUGGGAACGCGGUGGAGACACUGAUGAAGAGGAGGAGCCUCCCCCAGAAACUGUCACCCCAUGGCAAGCGCCCGGACCUGCUCAAGCCGGAGCUGCUGCUGCCCAAGCUGGACGCGGCCAUGGCUCAGGUGUCGCUGCCCCCCUGCCCCCGGGGCCCCCCCUCCCCCCGCAGCCGCCGGGCCCGGGGCCGGCACCGCAAACCGGGGCCGAGGGGGGGGGGGGGCUGCGGGGAGCCCCCGACCCCUCCCCCCCGCGGGGCCCCCCCCGCCCCUCCCCCCGCGGCCUCCCCCGGUCCCGACCUCCUGGGGGGGACCCUGGAGGUGGAGCCACGGAGGGGCGGCGGCUCCCGGGACCCCCCCCCCCGCAGGGGCCCCCCCCCCGGGAGCCCGAGCGCGCAGGCGCGCGGGGGGGGGCGGGGGGGGCCCCAGCAGCACCUGAACCCGGCGGCGCUGCUGUACCGGGCGGCUGUGACCCGGGGGCAGAAGCGGGGGGUGUCCUCAGAGGAAGAGGAGGGUGAAGUGGACAGUGAGGUGGAGCUGCCGCUGCGGCAGAGGUGGCCCCCGGCCAUGAGCCAGCGCCCGUCGCUCUCCACGUUCAGCUCCGAGAACUUCUCUGACGGUGAUGGGGACGGGGAGGGGGAGGGGCUGACGAGCGAGGCCUCCCCCAGCGCCACCCCCGACGUGGGCAGCACCAACACCGACGAGCGUCCGGACGAGCGCUCCGAGGACCUCCUGUCCCAGGGCUCCGAGAUCCACACCGACAGCAACGGCCCCGCGCAGACCAAGGUCUCCGAGGACUCGGACUGCGACAGUGCAGAGCUGGAUCACUCAGGCAGUGGCGAGGGCCCCCCCCGGCCCACGGCCCCCCCCGGCCUGUGA